AUGCAUCAGCAAGGAGAGCAGACCUACAUCGUCCACUGGAUCAAUCCCAUCAUUGAAGCUGGCGACAUACGUAGCAUAGUCGAUCCCAGAUUGCAAGGUGAAUUCAGCACCAACUCCGCUUGGAGAGCUGUCGAGGUAGCCAUGUUAUGCAUUGCAUCAACUGCAGCUCGCAGACCGGAUAUGAGCAAUGUUCUAGCUGAACUGAAAGAGUGUGCUGCACUAGACAUGGUGGCUAAUACUACAACAACUCAAAUCACUCAGCAGCAACAACAUCCGCGCAACUGGUACCGAAAUGCUAGCUCCUAG